UUUAUAGGCUAUAAAAUCUCAACAAAAAUUGUUAAAAAAUGUUAAGAAAUAGCCUUUGUAGCUUGCUAAAAAACAUUUCAAUAACUGAAAAAUGCGCACAAAGUAACGUUAAAACCUUAUUUACAAGUGCAGCGAACCUAAGAGAUGUCACUGAUCGAAGAGAAAUGUUAAGGUCUAUGCCAGCAGCAGAUGAGGGUACUGCCGGUGAAAAAGCUGUUGAUGUUGACUCGCUAAUUAACCAGAACUUCAAUGUAUUCCCCGAUGUUAACACACCAAAUAGGUUGUUUAAUGGGGUUCCAUUUAAAGAUAUACCAAUUUUUAACAUUAGAGUAUCUCCAAAUAACACCAUUUUAUGUCUUACAACUGCCAAAGGUAUACCUCAAUUAAUAAGAUCUUGUGGUAUUGAAGGGUUUAAAAAUACUAGGAAAGGUACUAAUAUAGCAGCACAAGCAACCGCUAUCUCUAUAGGAACUAAAGCUCUUGAGAAGGGUUUUAAAUCUGUGAGGGUUACAGUGAGGGGGCUAGGUCCAGGAAGAAUGUCAGCAAUAAAAGGUUUACAAAUGUCUGGUUUAGAAAUUAUUUCUAUUACAGACACAACUAGAGUAUCAUGGAACCCUCCAAGACCCAGAAAACAAAGAAAAUUGUAAAUUAAGUUCUUAUUUUAUGUGUAAAUAUUAAAAAUUUAAAAUAUUUUUUGUACCUUUGUGGAAUUAUACUUUAUAUCCCAUUUUAGGUAAUAUUUCUUAAUCAGUUAUAUUCAUAUUUAUGUCUACUUAAACUAUACUAAAAGCCCAAUUUAUUGAUGGAAAUAAAUUAGUAAUAUAGGUACUUUCACACCUUUUCAAUUUUAGAGAUUUUUAAAAUGUAAGAUCAUCUAAAAUCAACCAAAUAAUAUAAUAUUAGUCCAUAUAUUUAAAGGUAGGUCUUAAAAG